AUAAAACCCUUCUCUCUUCAACUUCACAAGUUUGAUACUCUUCUUCGUCAGUGCCGCAUUCAAGUUCUGAAUUCAACUAAUUCAGUUUAACGUUGCUAUCUAAUCAGAAGAAAACCAUCGAGGUCUAACCGCCUAACAAUGACAGACGCGGAUUCGGAUAGAAUUAGUUGCUUACCAGAUCUUAUAAUAAACCAAAUUCUCUCACACUUGUCAAUUAAGGAAGCAGUGAGAACAAGUGUUUUAUCCAGCAUGUGGAGAAACAAAUGGUCCACACAACUAGAUCUUGUGUUUGAUAGGCGAUGUGUAUCUGGUGCAACUUCUCAAGACCCUUCAGUUAUCGAAAAUAAGUUUUUGAGAAUUGUUGAUCAUGUACUAUUACUCCAUUCUGGGCCGAUCAACAAGUUUGAGGUCUCCGACUCCGGUUGUGAUCUCAUUGGUGUGAACUCUAUGGCUGAUAUUGACCGGUGGAUUCGUCAUCUUAUUGGAAGGUCAAUUAAAGAGCUUGUGUUGGACAUUUGGUUUGAGCAACGCUAUAAGAUACCUUGGUGCUUAUUCUCUUGUCAAAGUUUAUGCCGUUUAAACUUAUAUUGCUGUUGGCUUAAACCUCCAACCACAUUUGAAGGUUUCAGAAACUUGAAAAGUCUUGAGCUGGAACGGGUCACAGUGGCUCAAGAUGCUUUUGAACACUUGAUAUCUAGCAGCCCUCUACUUGAAAAAUUGAUAUUGACAGACUUUCAUGGUUUCACACAUAUUAAUAUUCAUGCACCAAAUCUCAAGUACAUUCAAAUCACUGGUAAAUUUGAGGAUAUUAGCUUUGACAACACUUCUCAAUUAGCUACCGUAUACUUCGAUCUAAAGUUUUAUUCUGAAAACAAUCAAAGUAGAUUGCAUGGAUGUUCUAGCAAUUUGCUCAAAUUUUUAGAUCAUCUACCUCACAUAAAGAGAUUACUAAUUAUUACCUAUUUUUUGAAGUAUUUGGCUGCAGGAGAUGUGCCAGUAGAGCUUCCUAGACCUUGCAUCGAUUUAAGAUCUCUUUGCUUGUUCAUAAACUUCAAUGAUCUGAAGCAAAUUUCAGUUGCUCUUUGUUUGCUCAAAAGCUCACCUAAACUCCGAAAAUUUGGAAUGUUUGUACCACUUGAGGAGCAGACUUCCCUUUUAACACCUGCCUCCUAUUGUUGGGAAGAACUCUUUUCGGAGCCAGACACACCCCUCUUAGUGCGACAUCUGGCGAUAGAAGACAUCUCUGGUACCAAAUCUGAAUUAGAUUUUAUAAGAUUUCUACUUUUAUAUUCUCCCGUAUUAGAAAAGCUGAUUGUGAAGCCUAUUGUAAAUGUCAAACCGAAGUUGAUGAUAGAACUAAUCCGGUUCAGGAGAGCUUCGGCACAAGCUGAAGUUAUUUACCGUGUAAAUGACUCUUCAUAGUGGUUUUUAUUGUCCUCAAAACAUCUUAUGUAUUAUGACUUUUAAGAAGGUUA